AUGCGCAACGCAGCAUUAAGUGCUGUCGAUGACCCGUCCUUAGUACUUGGACGAGUGAACGGCGAGACGCGCUCUUCCGAACCGCUGCCUGACGGCGGCGGUGGUUGCGCCGGCGGCGCAGUGGAGGCUCGUGGUGCGCGCGACGAGCAAGCGCAGACGGCGAAGGCGGGACGCGCUGUAGCGGACGGAAACCCGGCGGAAGGGAUGGUGGGGGGCGGAGGGACGGAGGGGAGUGGGGGAGUGCAGAGCGCCGCGCAAGGCACUCACGGGAAUGGCGAGGUGGCGGGGGAAGAAGCGGGAAGCGCUGGCGCUGAUGGCGCGGCGGAAGGUGUGGGGGGGGCGGCGGCGGACGAGGGGGACACUGGGUUGGUGGGGAAGAACGAUGGGGAGGCGACGGGGAGAGGGGAGGCGGAGGGAAGGGGAGAGGAGGAGAGGAAGGGCGAGAGCAGCGGCAAAGAGCAGAGUGCAGGGGGACAGGGGGGGAACGGGGAGGUGGAAGGAGGGGAGGGAAAGGCGGAGGGGAGUGAGGGGGUGGCGGGGCGGCAGCAGGGCGGUAGGCGGGGGAGGUUGAGGGAGAUGGUGCGGCGCGCGGAGCAGCAGCGGCGCGUGGUGGGAUACCUGGACGUGGGGCGCGAGGUGGCACGCUCAGUGGAGCGCCAGCAGCGCGCUCAGCACGCCGCGGACGCGCUCAGUGGCGGGGGGCAGGGGGGCGAGGGGCAGGUGGGGGACGGGGUGAGGGAGCACGGUGGGGCGGCGGGCAUAAUCCCCGCGCAGCACGGCCACGCGCCUCACCACGCCUUCACGGAUUCCGCCCCCCUGCACGCCCCCCUCCACGCCCACCCGCACCACCCCCUGCAUGCCCCCCACUCCCCCCUACGCGCGGGCGGGCGGUUGCAGCAGCUGCAGGCGGAGGAGUGGGGGGGCGAGGGGGGCAUAGGGCGCGAAGUGAGCACGAACAGCAACAUGGGCGCAGCGGAGUGGCUGGAGGGGUGCUUGGAGGAGGAGGAGGAGUGGCAGCAGUGGCGCAUCGACCCACAGCAGCUGGUGAUUAAGAGCUUCCUUGCCCGCGGCACCUAUGGCUCCGUGCACCGCGGGGAGUACCGAGGGAAACAGGUGGCUGGUGCGUGUGCAUGGCGUGCGGCAGUGAAGCUGAUGGAUUGGGGCGAGAUGGACAAGGCAUCGCGCGCCAAGCUCACAUUCCUGCGAGACGUGUUCGCCCAGGAGGUGCUCGUUUGGAGCACACUGGAGCAUAAGAACAUCUGCCAGUUCGUGGGGGCGCUGCUGGGCGGGCCAGACUCGUACACCUUUCCCUCCACAGUGGAGGACCACAGGGGCGUGCUGCGGGUGGGCAGCCACGUGUGCUGCGUGGUGCUGGAGUUUCUGGCGGGCGGCACACUGAAGCAGCUGCUCAUGAAGCAGUACCACAACAAGCUGUCUGUGCACCGCGUUGUGCACCUGGCGCUCGACAUCGCUGAGGGGUUGGAGUAUCUGCAUUCGAGGGGCAUUGUGCAUCGCGAUGUCAAGUCAGACAACAUGCUGCUGGACAAACACCACCGGGUGGUGAAGAUAGCAGACUUCGGGGUGUCACGAGUGAAGUCAGAAGACAGCACCAUGCACCACAAGACCGGCACCUACGGCUACAUGGCUCCUGAGGUGCUGAAGGAGCGCCCCUACGACCACAAGGCGGACGUGUACAGCUACGGCAUCCUGCUGUGGGAGAUCUACUGCUGCGACAACCCCUUCCCCUACUCCGACCUUGAUCCUAACGAGAUCGCCUCCACUGUCAACCAGGGCCUGCGACCGGACAUCCCCUCGUGCUGCCCGCCACAGCUGGCGGAGCUGAUGAGGCGCUGCUGGCACGGCGAGGCAGGCAAGCGGCCGGACAUGAGUGAGGUGGUGAGGCGCCUCAAGGCCAUCGACUGCCGCCACGCCACGCCCAUGCGCCCCGUGGAGGGCGAUGACUCCUCCUGCUCCCUCAUGUGA